CGCGCUCGCCCUCCUCCACUCCGCCCUUAGCCCGGCUUCGCUCUCCCGCUCUCCCGCUCUCCCUCUCUCUCUCCCCGGGUCACCAAAUUCCCGGCUCGGGUCCCUCAGGCGCGCCUCCUCCCUCCCAGUACCGAGUUCAAACCGGAACUGGAAGUGUGGUGGGCGGGGCCCGGCGACGGAAAGCGCUGAGGAGCCGAAGCCGGGACUCGGCGGUGGCCCGGGUCGGUCCCGCGCCACGGAGCGCCGGGCGGCGGGGCUGCGGGGCUCCGGGCUGAAGGGCGGGCGCGGCCCCCCGGGCGCCGCGGGGGAUCAUGUCGACAGCCUCCGCCGCCUCGUCGUCCUCCUCAUCGUCUGCCAGUGAGAUGAUCGAAGCGCCGUCGCAGGUCCUGAACUUCGAAGAGAUCGACUACAAGGAGAUCGAGGUGGAAGAGGUUGUCGGAAGAGGAGCUUUUGGAGUAGUUUGCAAAGCUAAGUGGAGAGCAAAAGAUGUUGCUAUUAAACAGAUCGAAAGCGAAUCUGAGAGGAAGGCUUUCAUUGUGGAGCUCCGGCAGUUGUCACGUGUGAACCAUCCUAAUAUUGUAAAGUUGUAUGGAGCCUGCCUGAAUCCAGUAUGUCUUGUGAUGGAAUAUGCAGAGGGGGGCUCAUUGUAUAAUGUGCUGCAUGGUGCUGAACCAUUGCCUUACUACACUGCUGCUCAUGCCAUGAGCUGGUGUUUACAGUGUUCCCAAGGAGUGGCUUAUCUGCACAGCAUGCAGCCCAAAGCGCUAAUUCACAGGGACCUCAAGCCUCCAAACUUGCUGCUGGUUGCAGGAGGGACAGUUCUAAAAAUCUGCGAUUUUGGUACAGCUUGUGACAUCCAGACACACAUGACCAAUAAUAAAGGGAGUGCUGCUUGGAUGGCGCCCGAAGUGUUUGAAGGUAGCAAUUACAGUGAAAAGUGUGAUGUCUUCAGCUGGGGUAUUAUCCUUUGGGAAGUGAUAACACGCCGGAAACCCUUCGAUGAGAUCGGUGGCCCAGCUUUCAGAAUCAUGUGGGCUGUUCAUAAUGGCACUCGCCCACCACUGAUCAAAAAUUUACCUAAGCCCAUUGAGAGCUUGAUGACACGCUGUUGGUCUAAGGACCCUUCUCAGCGCCCUUCAAUGGAGGAAAUUGUGAAAAUAAUGACUCACUUGAUGCGGUACUUCCCAGGAGCGGAUGAGCCGCUACAGUAUCCUUGUCAGUACUCUGAUGAAGGGCAGAGCAACUCAGCCACCAGCACAGGCUCAUUCAUGGACAUUGCUUCUACAAAUACCAGUAAUAAAAGUGACACAAAUAUGGAACAGGUUCCUGCCACAAACGACACUAUUAAACGCUUGGAGUCAAAACUGUUGAAAAACCAGGCAAAGCAACAGAGUGAAUCUGGACGCCUGAGCUUGGGACCCUCUCGUGGGAGCAGUGUGGAGAGCUUGCCCCCCACUUCUGAGGGCAAGAGGAUGAGUGCUGACAUGUCUGAAAUAGAAGCCAGGAUCGUGGCGACUGCAGCCUAUUCCAAGCCUAAACGGGGCCACCGUAAAACCGCUUCAUUUGGCAACAUUCUGGAUGUCCCUGAGAUCGUCAUAUCAGGUAACGGGCAACCAAGGCGUAGAUCCAUCCAAGACUUGACUGUUUCCGGGACAGAACCUGGUCAGGUGAGCAGUCGGUCAUCCAGCCCUAGUGUCAGAAUGAUCAGUGCCUCAGGACCAACCUCAGAGAAGCCAGCUCGCAGUCACGCGUGGGCCCCUGACGAUUCCACAGAUACCAAUGGCUCGGAUAACUCCAUCCCAAUGGCGUAUCUUACACUGGAUCACCAGCUACAGCCUCUAGCACCAUGCCCAAACUCCAAAGAAUCCAUGGCAGUGUUCGAACAACAUUGUAAAAUGGCACAGGAGUAUAUGAAAGUUCAAACCGAAAUCGCAUUGUUACUACAGAGAAAGCAAGAACUAGUUGCAGAAUUGGACCAGGAUGAAAAGGACCAGCAAAAUACAUCUCGUCUGGUACAGGAACAUAAAAAGCUUUUAGAUGAGAACAAAAGCCUUUCUACUUAUUACCAGCAAUGCAAAAAACAACUAGAGGUCAUCAGAAGCCAACAGCAGAAACGACAAGGCACUUCAUGAUUCUCUGGGACCGUUACGUUUUAAAAUAUGCAAAGACCUUUUUUUAAGAGAAGACAAACCAUUAUAACAGUUCGUGAGUGUUAGCUUUUUGGCUUGUUCUGAAUGCCAAAUGCCUCUCUUUGCUGCAUUUGUUAUGUCAGUUACUUUUCUUCUUAUGGUGGAUACAAAAUCCACUGUCCUGUUGCAUCAGAUGAGCGUUCUCAGCUUCAGAGCACAUGGAGUGAAUCUGACUGUAUGUGCAUGCUCCUGGUGUGAGCUACCUGACAGGUGGGGUAGCACACUGGCUACUGUGUGCAGGCGUCGUCCUUUCUCUGUAGUGAAAGGUGGGACCUCAAGAAUUUUCUUCAUAGCACUCAUCUCAAAAAUCUGAUAUUUUUUUCCCAAUAGAUGGUAUGCUCCAAUGUAAAAACAGGGUAUUAAAAUAACUGGCGGUACAUUACAGAGGGACAGAAUGUUGAGGCUGAGUUCAAAGACAGGGUUUUGUGCCGACACAUCCUGGAUCAAUACUAAAUGUACUCCCACCUGUUAAUAUCAAAGGUAAGUGGUGGCAGCUGUGCUUUAAUGAAAGCAGGUUUACUGAUUUUCCUAGGCUGAGCAUCAUCUGUGAGAUACUGAAUGACAUGCUCUUUUUUACACCCUACGGAUUUUCAAUUCUGUGUGAAAACAGAAGCCUUUCUGACUUUUAAUAUUAGUAGCAGAUGAAAUUGAAAGAUGGUGAUGUAGCUUAAAUGAUCCUUCUUGUAACCAUUACUGAAUUGUUUUAUGAUAUAUUUGAAGAAAAUUGAAAAAUACUAGAAACACAAAUCAUUGGCCCAGGUAAAAGAGGCUUGCGCUUAGAUAUCUGCCUAUUACACCAAAUAAGGCACACAGCAGGCAAAGCAGGAGACCUGGGUAAGGAUGGUAAAGGGGUAAAACUAAGCCCAAGUCCUCUCCUGAAUGCCUGUUGCCUUCCCGUGCUUUUACAAAGAGAAUAUUUAUAUUGUUAACAAUAAGUUUACUACCAACCUUCAAAAUAACUUAAAGGUAAUAAUAAAAUGCCAUUAAAAAAUAAAUCCCUAAGAUCUAUUUUUUCAGUCCAUGUUAACACAUUUUGAUACCAGCCCAUGAAUGUCUUUUAAAUUGGAUGCCAUCAGCUUCGCUUUUAUAGUGUUCAUGUUUGUAAAGAGAACAUUUGGAACAGAAAGAUAAUCGCUGUGUUCCUUAGCUGUACAUCUAGCGCUCCUGCCCUGUUCUAGGUGAGCACGAGGAGCUAGCGAAGAUGUUCUGUAAGGCUAAGACAGAUAAUCUUUUUUCCGUUAUUUUUUUCUCUCUGAGUUUUAUGAUAAAUCCCUUCUGUAUUCAAUGAAGGUAAGAGGCAGUUUAUAGCAAGAUGUGCCUUCCUCAAAACCUGUUAGUAGAAAGCUCCUGGGAGCUAAGUGUCUUCUUUCCCUUAAAUAAAAAAGAAGAUUAUAAUCUCAAACUAUUCGGUGACGUGAAUGCCGAGCUCAGCGUUAGUAGUGAAAUCAAACUGACACAGAAGAUAGCUGUAGACUGAGCCCAAGACCGACACCGCCCUGCCACUGCUGCCUGUGCAGACAUCUGGCACUCCACAGGCAGGCCAUGGUCUCUGCUGUGCAGCAUGCUGAAAGCAUCUUGGCUUCCCAGGAGAUCCCACAUUACGUGGAUGCAAGCUCAUUUCCAGCCAGUUGUUUUGCAAGGUCUGCAUCCUGCAACUAAAAGGAAAUUUUGUUGUCCUGGUCACUUGAAAGUAUUCAAACAAGCAAAUGGAAGAAAGGGCUGGGUUUGCUCAUGGUGCCAGUGUUGAAAGAUUGUUAGGCAGUUGGUUGCUUGUGUACGCUCGCUCCUUGGGCACUGUGGUCCUGGACAGCCCUAAGUAGGUGCACUGGCACACUCACGUGCAUUUGUAAAGCUCCACUUUGGCUGAAGGGGAGCACACCAUCCAUACUUGAGCCAUACCAGUUUCCUCAGUGUCUCUCCCAGAAAACCUUCAAACAGCCAACACACCAAGGAGCUGGACGGUCACUAAUUCCUGUUCUACAACUUAAUCAAGCCUCACUUCUGAGUGGAACUAGAAAACGGGCAGACAGGUUUAUACAUUGAUGUCCAGGAACCAGACAGUCCUGCACAGACACUAGUGGCAUUUUGUUCCCGUUUCCAGGAAAGGGAGCAAGGUUGUGUAAUGUGAAGUCGUCAGCAGUGAAGCCAUGCUCUGGGUUGAGUAAGUCAGUGAAGAGCGCCAUACUGCCAUACUGAAAACAUGUGCUUAGACUUAUUUACAAGUGGUUGGCUAUUUUUUGCUGAAGUAUUUUUUAAGUAGCGAAUGUCUUUUUCCUUCAUAUUUCUGUCAUGCUCCCAAGUCCCCCCCCUCCUGCUGCCAGAGGUUACGGGUGGUUUUGUUCCUCCCUCCCUCCCUCCCUCCGUGUGUGUGUGUGUGUGUGUGUGUGUGUGUGUGUGUGUGUGUGUGUGUGUGUUGUCUUUAACACUCAACUCCUCUCUUCACAAGCUAGUAAGUUCUAUCUACUUUUACUCCUGUCCAGUUAUUUCUUGUAAGAUGAUGUAAUGCAGAAAUUCUUGUGCAUACUAUGUAACUGAAGGAUGCUUUUUUGAUUUAUUUUUGUUUUUAAUAAAAUUCAGAUUGUUAUUUCAGGCUGAUAUGUAGGAAUGGUAGCUGGUUCUCUACACAACUGAGCUGUGGGUUUGCCCAGUGGUAUUUACCUCAUGCAGACCAAUAGCUAAAUCACCAGUUUCCUAGCAUACUCAAUACAAUGUACCGUAACCGUGCCGGAGACUGAGUCAGUGGGCCGGAGAGCCUGCUUAUUAGUUAAGAGCACUCACUGUGGAGGACCAGGGUUCUGUUCCCGGUACCCGCGUGGGGACUCCCAACUCUCUGCAACUCCAGUUCCAGGGGAUCUGACUCCUUGUGUUCCCAAGGGUUCUUGUAAGCACAUGGUGCGUAUAUACUCAGGCACGCACACACACACACACACACACACACACACACACAAGUGAGAAAAAAAUCCUCUUUAUUUUUUCAUAGGCCUUCAUUUUUAUGGAGUACAGCAUAAAAGUGACUGACUUCUCUUUGCAUACUUCUUAAUGUUUUUUCUAAGGUACAGUAAGCAUUUUGCUUUUAUAUAAAGUAACACUCCAGCUUAUAGAUAAGCACAUAUUUUUAAUAUCUAUCCAUUAGUUUCCUUGUUGCUUCAGUAUUGAUAAGCUAAGCUACUGUUUCUAUUGACAAGUUCAUGUCAGCCCCACCUUAGAAGCAGCCCCUGUAAGAUGCUGAAGGCAUUGGUCCCUGGAUCUGCUCUUCUGUCUGCUCCAUCUGUGUAGGUGGAGUCACUUGUGUGGGGACUGCCUACUCAUCAGCAGAGGAAACAUUUCUACACCUCCUCAACCCAGAUACCUGCUCUGGAUGGCUGCGAUGUUGUGAAAGCCCCCCGUGAUUUGGGGGGUGCUUCGGUGUUGGCACUUGGAAUUCCCUCUUCCAUCUGAGAGACAAAAUGCCCAAAAUGAAGUACAAAUACUGGGCCGACUGAAAGAAGAUCCGCCCAGCACACAGGAAGUGAGCUCUGGUCUGAACUUUGUCAUCUUUGUGGUGGUGGUAUUUUUGUUUCUGUCUACUAGGAAGUCAUAUUUAAUUAAGGCAUAAUUUAUGUACAAUAAACUGCAUUCAUUUCAAA